UGUUUGUCAUUUAGAUUUUCCACUUGAUGGUUUCAACGAUGAAGAAAAGUUCAUGAAACGACAUCUCCUGGAAGCGAAGAACAAUGGUUCAAAAAACGGUUUGAAACUUUCAAUUAAUACUUAUGAUUAAUAAUGACGCCAUACAUGAAGUUAAUCAAUUACACAGGUAAAAACGCACAAGUUGUAACAAAACUGCAGCAGACUUUUAGCAAUGCUGUUCCAACAACUUGUCAACAGGAUGUGUUCGCACUGCUUGUUCCCAGCUUGUUGACAAUUUGCUACAAGGUUGUUGAGCUCAAUAGACGUGUUACAAGUUGUUCCAACAACUUGUUAUUAUACAAUUACUUUAUGGUUUCCGUGUUUGGAUGACCUGAUCCAAACACGCGGGAAUGUUGCGAGAGUUAAGAAAAGCACGCGAAAGCACGAGCCGAAGGCGAGUGAUUUUGCGCGCUUUUCUUAACUCGAGCAACAUUCCCAAGUGUUUGGAUCAGGCCAUCCUAACAGGGAAACCAUAAAGUAAUUGUUUUAUAAAAUAACAACAACACGAUAGUCUUCCGUGUUUGGAUGGCCUGAUCCAAACACGGGUUUCGACCAAUCAGAGCACGCGUUAUAUACAUGUUAUUUUAUAAUGUCCUGUACCUCAACAAUUUGUCAACAAGUUGCGAGUGACAACCUUGUUGCAACUUGUUAGAAUAACAGCAUUGUUACAAAGUUCUUGUUGCCAAGCUUGCUACAAGCCUGUUGCGAACACAUCUUGUUGACAAGUUGUAAGUGACAACCUUGUAGCAACUUGAUAGAAUAACAGCAUUGUUACAACUUGUUGCCAAGCUUGCUACAAGCCUGUUGCGAACACAUCUUGUUGACAAGUUGUUAGAUUUUUACAUGCGUAUUAAAGAUAUCUUCGCUUUUAACUUGUAGGUUCAAACUCAAACCCACCACCGGUUAAUCUUAGCCGUGGCGAGAAAUUAUCUUUCACUUUGGGAUACAGCGUAAUCUUGUUGGUUGGUUUAUCUGGCAAUUUUCUCAUCUUGAUUGUGAUAGCCGCAAACAAGGAGUUUCACAACAAUCUUAAUGCGUUGCUAUGCAACCUGGUCGUAGCUGACGUAUUGCGCAUGCUCACUUCCGUAUCCUUUGAGCUGUUUAUGAUAAACAAGAUUGGUAACGCAGUCUCGGCUAUCCCGGUGGAUCGAGGCGCGUCGGGUCGCAUAUUUUGCAAAUCAAUGUUCACUCUUCCACCCAUUUUUACUUUCGCUUUCGUCUUCACGUUAAUUUUCAUGACCUUGGAACGCUUCGUGGCGGUCGUGUUUCCUUUCAAAUCGGUCGUGUUUAAAAACAAAAGCAAGUGGAUCAUCGUUGGUGUAUGGUUUGCAUCGAUAGCCUUAGAGAUACCUGGUUUAUAUGCUUUCGAUUCGAUAAAAGCGGGCGGGGACCAUAUAUGUGCCAUCGAUUUCAGCCCGCAUUGUGAUGGAAAUAUCAUCGAAGACACCAAAUGCAAUUCGAAAACUUUAAAGGAUUUCCUAAGCGUCUCUGUCUAUAUAACAUUUGUGAUUGCGUUCCUAUUCAUUCUCACUCAGCAUAUAAUUAUCGUGGUGGUGCUGUACAAGAACCGCGCGCGAUUCAAUCCGGAGUCCUCGCGCGUCUCGAGGAAUCCCAGAAACUCCACGCGCGACGUCGUGCGCAUGCUCGGCGUCGUGUCGGUCGUAUACGUGAUAACCUCGCUGCCAAGUCAAAUCUACCAAUUUGGUUAUAUCUACGAUAACACAUGGUUAAGCAAAUCGAUGCCCGUGUAUUUUAACUUUCUACUCAUUUUCAUCGAAAAUUCUCAUUCCAUGCUCUACCCAUGGAUCUAUCCACUUUUUGUGAAACGAUUUCGCGCAAAAUAUGCGAAACUCGUCAGGGGAUGUGUCUUACGUAACAAACCGCGAAGUCAGUCCGAUGUGUCUACGAAGUCUAGCCGGGCAACCACGAUUACUCACGACUGCGUCACGAACAGAUUGAUUCAUAAAAAUUCAAACGAAACCAAGUUUUAAACCGAGGGUGAACUCGUGGCCACGAGAGGUGUGUAUACACUGCUGUUACUGAUCUGCAAACAAGUGUAACAAGGUUGUUGUGAAGCCGAUGUCAGGAUGUGUUCGUACUGCUUGUUCCCAGUUGUUGCGACAAGUCUGGAACAAGUUGUUAUCACCUUGUUACAAGGUUGAUGACGGUAAAAGAUCUGCUACAAGUUGUUCCAACAAGACUAAUACAGGCUGUUUCUAACAAGUUGCUACGAGCGUGUUGUCUACGUGCAGACAAUAUCAGACUUGUUGGAACAACUUGUUGCGAGUCUGUUGGCCUCAUCACCGUUGUCACAACUGAUGCAAGCGAUAUAACAAUACUGUUAUUUUAUCAAGUUGCUACAAGGUUGUCACUCACAAUGAUAAUAAGUUGUUGUAACAACUUGUAACAAGUCUGUUGAGCUCAACAACUUUGUAGCAAGUUGUCAACAAGCCAUUGACAACUUGUCAACGUGCUGGGAACAAGCAGUACGAACACAUCCUGUUGACAAGUUGUUGGAACAGCAUUACUAGGGUUAGUUAGAGUUAGGGCUUCUCGUAAAUUAACUCAACUGUAAAAUAAAACUGAUAUCUCUUGCAUUUGUUUCAAAAUUAAUUUUUAAAAGUAUUUUACUUUGAAUUAUAGACGAGAACAUGAUUCACACAAAUUUUGUUAUAUUUCAUUAUUAAAAUACAAAGAAAAUCUAAUCUGCCUGUACUGUGUUGUGUGUGAUCAUAUGAGCUUCAAGGUCGCGAGGAAUUUCAAACACAACAUCGCAAACGCAACAAAUAUAUCCGAGCCCAGUUGGUACCGUUGAAUCGAGUUCCUGACAGAAACCGCAUUGAUACUUUGCGUCAUUGGUGUGCAGUCUUGCUAUAUGUUCAACUAAUUGCCUUAAGUCGCCGUAAUGACGGUAGCAUUUAUUGCAAACAUAUUUGCCAGUGUGUUCAUUCCUGACAAAAUGUCCUUGUAAUUCUUGCUGUUCGAAGAUCCCUUUGUCGCAAUCACUGCAAUAUAAAUGUGCCUUUUUGUGCCAAUCGAAAUCCUCAGCAUGAGCGAAUGUUCUCGUACAAACAUUGCAUUUGUGAAAUCCGUCCCACCUAGCGUGUGUUCGUCUAUGCUUUAGCAAGAGAUCCAGCUCAGAAAAUCCUGUCCUACAAAAACUGCAUUCGUAUGAAGGAUUCUCGCCAGUGUGGAUUAUUUUAUGUUUGAUCAGUUCAUUUAGUUCGCGAAAUCGUGUCAGGCAUACGUCACAUUCAUGGGGAUUGUCUUCAGUGUGGGUCCUUCUAUGUUUAAUUAGGCAAUCCAACCGAGAAAGUCUUUUCUUACAUAUAUCGCAUUCGUAGCCAACAUCGGAGUGUGCUUUUUUGUGUUUAAUUAGUUGGUUUGAAUGAGUAAAUCUCAUCAAACAUAUAUCACAUUCAUAAGGUCUGUUGGCGUUAUGUGCUGCUUUGUGUAUUGCCAAGCUAGUCGGGUGUCUAAAUCUCAUUUCACAAACAUCACACUCGUAAGGCUUCGCUUCAGCCUGUGCUACAAAGGUCUCACAAAAUCUCUCACAACGAUCAGACAUUUCCAUGACAGAUUCCACUUUGACUUUUCAUUAAUUUGAAAUCUGCCAAUCUGGUCACUUAGAUUUGAAAUCUUACUUGUAAACCCUUCCUUCUACUUCACAAAAGCGUCUAUCUUCCUUAUAUUAAACGAAAUAAUCCAUUAAUCCCAAGAAAUCUUCUCUAAACUUGUGAAAAAAGACAAGAAAUUUCGUGGAUUUGCCAAAAUUUGAAAAUUGUUCACGGCUUUUGCUCUUUCGGCGCUACAUGAUACGGUAUGAAAAAUGACAACCGCUGGCAAUUGCAUCGCAGUUGCAAAUAUCUCGCCCGCAAUCUCGUAUGCCCGUUCGCAGGCGACUAAGGAAACUGGCUAUCACUGAG